CUUUAAUUCAACAAAAGGGAUCGACCUCCGUUUUUAAAUCCCUUUUCUCUUCCAAUCUUGGUCAAAUUUGAACUUUAUCCUUUACUUACAGUUCCAAAUUUUAAGUCCUUUUUUUUAAAAAAAGGAAUUGGCCGCUCACGAUCGCCAGACUCGGAGCUUCGCACUGUGAUAGAAGCAGUCGUUUCCGAUGUGCCGCGUCUCCGAUCUCACUCACUCUCGGGGAUCUUACGAGCUUACCAGGGAGUGGGGGAGUCACCAAAAGGCACCUACCGGAUCACCAGGUCCUCAGAAUGCCCAAUCUGAGGUUUCUUUCGGGGGACCGCGUCACUCUUGCAGUCUCCCCUUGCUUCACUGCACUGGGGCUCUUUCAGCCGAAAGAGCUCCCAUCUGCCAUUACCGGGAGAUCAACCAGGUAAAUCAGGAGUUAAUAAUUUUCAUGCUUGCAGCUGUGAGAAUAAUAGUUGCAAAGCACUGGGAAAGAUUAUCAGAGUAACCAGUUCAUGGCUGGAUUGGAAGAGGAUGGCAGGCAGCAGUAUCCAAAUUUUCAAAACUCAGUAUAAAUUUGUCUCUCUGCCUUCCUCCAAAAGGAGCCCAGGGCAGCAGACACAUCAGUGAUAAACUAACGUAAUUAGAUAUGUUUAAAAGCACAACGGGAUGAGAGUGGUGCUGUGGUCUAAACCACUGAGCCUAGGGCUUGUCAAUCGGAAGGUCGCGGUUCGAAUCCCCAUGAUGGGGUGAGCUCCCAUUGCUCAGUCCCAGCUCCUGCCAACUUAGCAGUUCGAAAGCACACAAGUGCAAGUAGGUAAAUACAUACCGCUCCGGAAGGAAGGUGAACAGUGUUUCCGUGUGCUGCUCUGGUUUUGCUAGAAGCGGCUUAGUCAUGCUGGCCACAUGACUGUCUGUGGACAAACGUUGGUUCCCUCGGCCAGUAAAGCAAGAUGAGUGCCGCAACCCCAGAGUCGUUCAUGACUGGACUUAACUGUCAGGGGUUCUUUACCUUUUUUAAAAAGCACAACAGCACUGUCCCUGCUUCUGCUCUCUAGCAGCUGAUAUUCAGAGGCACAUCAAUACUGUAUUUAAAACAUGUAAAACAUGGAAGAAUAUUCAUAGUCUCUUAGACCUGCAUUCAACUUACAAAGAGUACCUACUCGGGAUCUGAAACAGUUAAGACAUAACUAAAUCUGUGCUGGGGGACGCGGGUGGCGCUGUGGGUAAAACCUCAGUGCCUAGGACUUGCCGAUCGUAUGGUCGGCAGUUCGAAUCCCCACGGCGGGGUGAGCUCCUGUCUUUCGGUCCCAGCUCCUGCCCACCUAGCAGUUCGAAAGCACCCCUAAGUGCAAGUAGAUAAAUAGGUACCACUUUAUAGCGGGAAGGUAAACGGCGUUUCUGUGUGCUGCGCUGGUGCUGGCUCGCCAGAGCAACUUCGUCACGCUGGCCACGUGACCUGGAAGAGCUCUUUCGGCUGAACCACCUUCCUGGCACAUGAAUCGCAGCUGCAGCUUAUUUGGAUUGGCACUCCAAAUCUGGUGCCCACACAGGACCAGCCCAGUUCUGUCCAGAUAAGCUGCAGUGAUGCCAGUGGCAGGAGGGCAACCACAAAUGUCUGGAAGGCAUUUAAGUAAUGGUUAAGUCCAUUGGUUUUGGAUAACUAUAUUGCUCCUUAUUUUUCCAGUAACUGUUUGAGAGCCUGCUUAAGACUGACAUAACCUUCCAGUUCAUUUUGAGCUGUGAGGCUUUGUUCUCUUCGGAGUGUGAAAAACAAAACAAAAAUACAUUUUUAAUUAAGAUCAUCCAGAGUAAAUAUGUAAUAAAGCAUAAUUUUACCUUAACAUUGAAAAUAAUUCCUGAAUAUUUUUUACCACUUCUGCACAAAAAACAAAACCAACCUCCCUAACAUUGUUAAAAUUUUGUUCAUGCGGAUUUGGCUGUAGCUUAAUCAAACUUUCAUUGAAAUAGUACCACUGUAUUUGUUUCCUAAAGUGCAGUACACAUCCUUUUUAGCUGACAUACCUGAAUUUAAAGUAAUAUGCACCCAUUACUAUAGCAAACUUGGGAUUUUAUACUCACUUACUUGAUCUUAUCACCCAUGCUGUUUAACAUCUGCAUAAAACUGCUGAGUAGAGUCAACCAGACUGCAACAGUAAUGGCAGUAUCUAAAUCACCACAGAGCCGAGCGGCUUUGUCCUCAAAAUGAUGGGCCAGAUAGUCACAGGAG